AUUUCUGUGGGGAAACAAAAUGACAGGAUCGAUACCCACAGUGAUAGGCAACCUUAUUUAUUUGACUGACUUGUCCCUUUCUUGGAACAACCUGACUGGCAGCAUCCCAGAGUCCAUUGGCAACCUCCUGCAGCUCACAACCUUGGAAAUUAAAGGAACCAAUCUCUCAGGACAACUCCCUCCAACUCUGGGCAAACUCUCCAAACUUGGUGAAUUGAAUCUGUCUUUAACUGCACUCACGUGCCCACCUAACAAGAGUCCGUGUGUGGUUCAGCAAUUCUCUCAGAGCGCCUUAUGCAGGAAGUGCCCCUCCUUCUGCUCCACCUGCAACAAGACAGCACCAC